AUGGCCGUUUUCUCCCUCCGUCCGGGUCCGUCUCCCGCGGGUCUCCGUGUGGUUGUCCCAGUCUUGGAGCCGGACGCGGAGCAGAGCGCGGAUGUGAUCGUGGUGGGCUCCAGCGAGCUGUCCGCGCCGGCUUCCCCGGCGCCCUGCAGAGAGCUUCUAGCGUAUGAAGUCAAGGUGAACCAGAGAGACAUAGAAGACGUGUGCAUCUGCUGCGGGAGCUUCCGGGUGCACACGCCGCACCCCCUGUUUGAGGGAGGCAUGUGCGCCCCCUGCAAGGACAAGUUUCUGGACUGUCUCUUCCUGUACGACGACGACGGGUACCAGUCCUACUGCUCCAUCUGCUGCGCCGGGGAGACCCUGCUCAUCUGUGAGAACCCCGACUGCACCCGAUGCUACUGCUUCGAGUGUGUGGACACGCUGGUGGGCCCCGGGACGUCGGGGAGGGUGCAGGCCAUGAGCAACUGGGUGUGCUUCCUGUGCCUGCCCUUCCCCCGCAGCGGGCUCCUGCAGAGGCGGCAGAAGUGGCGGGGGUGGCUGAAGGCCUUCUGUGACCGGGAGUCGGAAAAUUCGCUGGAGACGUAUAAAACAGUGCCCGUGUGGAAGAGAGAGCCAGUCCGGGUGCUGUCCCUCUUUGGGGACAUCAGGAGAGAGCUUGUGAGUCUGGGCUUCCUGGAGAGCGGCUCCAUCCCGGGGGGACUGAAGCACCUGGACGAUGUCACAGAUGUCGUGAGGAAGGACGUGGAAGCGUGGGGCCCGUUUGACCUCGUGUACGGCGCCACACCCCCCGUCGGCCAGGCCUGCGACCACCCGCCAGCGUGGUACCUGUUCCAGUUCCACCGCGUCCUGCAGUACGCCAGGCCCAGCCCGGGCAGCCGGCAGCCCUUCUUCUGGAUGUUCGUGGACAAUCUGGUGCUGAGCCAAGAUGACCGGCGCGUGGCCACUCGCUUCCUGGAGGCCGACCCCGUGACCAUCCAGGACGUCUGCGGCCAAGCCGUCCAGGACGCCGUGCACGUGUGGAGCAACAUCCCGGCUGUGAGAAGCAGGCACUCGGCCCUGGCUUCCCAUGACGAACUGUCCCUGCUGGCUCCGGACAGGCAGAGGACGAAGCCCCCAGGCCAGGGACCGGCCAAGCUGGUGAAGAAUUGUUUUCUCCCCCUGAGAGAAUAUUUCAAGUAUUCAACAGAACUCACUUCCUCUUUAGAAAUGAUUUAUUUUACUAUGAAGAAAAAAGACUUUUGUUAGAACCAGGCAACUUUCCUUACAUUGUUUCUAUUUUCCUUUCA